GCAGCGCGGAGGUCAGUGGACCAUCUCCCCUAGGUUGCAGCUGAGGGAGUGGAACUCUGAAGGCACGCCUAAAACUCCACCCUAAACCAAACGUUCCAGAGAGUCUAGCUCUCCCACCACCUCCCUUUCUGAGAGCAGCCAUGUCCCUGAGUGAUGUUGAUGUGCAGAAGCAGAUUAAGCACAUGAUGGCUUUCAUUGAGCAGGAAGCCAAUGAAAAAGCAGAGGAAAUAGAUGCCAAAGCUGAGGAAGAAUUUAACAUUGAGAAAGGACGCCUUGUGCAAACCCAGCGACUGAAGAUUAUGGAAUAUUAUGAGAAGAAGGAGAAGCAGAUAGAGCAGCAGAAGAAAAUCCAGAUGUCCACCAUGAGGAAUCAGGCAAGGCUGCAAGUCCUGAGAGCCCGAAAUGAUCUCAUCUCAAAAUUGCUCAAAGAAGCAAAGCUGAGGCUCAGCAAGAUUGUGGAGGACCCAGACAUCUACCAGGGGCUGCUGGAUAAACUCGUGCUCCAGGCUCUGCUCCGACUGCUGGAGCCUGUGAUGAUCGUGCGCUGCAGGCCACAGGACCUCCUCCUGGUAGAGGCUGCAGUGCAAAGAGCCAUCCCUGAAUACAUGAUGGUUUCUCAAAGACUGGUGGAGAUCCAUAUUGAUCAAGAAGCACACCUGCCUGUGAACACAGCUGGUGGUGUGGAGGUCUACAGUAGCAAUCAGAAAAUAAAGGUUUCCAAUACUCUGGAAAGUCGACUAGAUCUCUUAGCCCAGCAAAAGAUGCCAGAAAUACGAACAGCCUUGUUUGGAGCUAAUGCCAACAGAAAGUUUUUUAUAUAAGCCUCUAGAAUGUGAAGCUCAUGUUGAACAGAUAAGCCAUAAAAGUCUAAGUUAUUUGGGCAAAGGAAAUUAU